CACGCGCGGAGGCAGCGAGGGUGCGCUCCGAGGGAGGGCGGAUCGCUCUGCUGACCGGUUGCACGUGCCCCUGCUGGCCGCCGCGCCGGCGACAGGCUCGUUCUAGCCAUGGCUGCGCUGGCCGAGGUGGGCUCCGCCGGGCACUUCCGGGAGCUGCUGCAGCAGAGGGGCAAGUCUCUUGUAGUUGUCCAUUUUUGGGCACCAUGGGCUCCUCAGUGCAUUCAAAUGAAUGAUGUCAUGGCUGAGUUAGCUAAGGAACACUCACAAGUUACAUUUGUGAAGCUGGAAGCUGAAGCUGUGCCUGAAGUAUCUGAAAAAUACGAAAUUAGUUCUGUUCCAACAUUCUUGUUUUUUAAGAAUUCUCAGAAAAUUGACAGAUUAGAUGGUGCCCAUGCCCCAGAGCUGACCAAAAAAGUCCAGCGCCAUGCAUCUAGCAGUACAAUUUCAGCUGACCCUAAUGAUAAUGCAAAAGAGGACCUCAACGUGCGUCUAAAGAAAUUGACCAAUGCUGCACCCUGCAUGGUGUUUAUAAAAGGAUCUCCCCAGGAGCCUUGUUGUGGUUUCAGCAGACAAAUGGUGGAGAUUCUUAACAAACAUAACAUUAUGUUUAGCAGUUUUGAUAUUUUUUCUGAUGAAGAAGUACGUCAAGGACUGAAAACAUACUCUAAUUGGCCUACUUAUCCACAGUUGUAUGUAGCUGGAGAGCUUAUAGGUGGACUGGAUAUUGUUAAGGAACUAGAGGCUUCUGGAGAACUGGACACAAUUUGUCCCAAGGCACACAAAUUGGAAGACAAACUUAAAGUCCUGACAAACAAAGCUUCUGUGAUGCUGUUUAUGAAAGGAAACAAGCAGAUGGCAAAAUGUGGAUUCAGCAAGCAAAUCAUAGAAAUCCUAAACAGCACUGGUGUUGAUUAUGAGACAUUUGACAUAUUCGAGGAUGAAGAGGUGCGGCAAGGAUUAAAAACAUAUUCAAACUGGCCAACAUACCCUCAGUUGUACGUGAAAGGUGAACUUGUUGGAGGGCUGGAUAUUGUUAAGGAACUAAAGGAAAAUGGUGAAUUGUUAUCUAUUCUGAAGGGAGAAAAUUAAUGCAAAUGGACAUGAAUGCUAAUGAUGGGAACUGAAAUACUGCAAGAAAUGAUGCAUUUAUUGAUUACAUUGGAGCAAUCAGCAAUGGAGUGGGAGUAAUUAAAAGCUUCUGACUUGCUCUUUAUACUUCACAAAGUCAUGCUAGAUCUAUAUGUUAAAGUAAUUUUCCACCAAAAAUACAAAAUUGUAUCAACAUCUUCAAUUAAACUGGAAUGUUAAACA